AUUUCGAGCAGAGUGGGAGCUCUUCAUGUCGGACGGGCAUCAUGAUGAAACCAAACAACCUCUAGCUUCUCCUCCUCAACCACACUUAUCACUGAUGGCCGAUCCAUUCAUCGUUCACACUGAGUGGCCACUCAAGGGGUCUAGAUGUUGCAAAUGAGAUAACGCGAAUAUAAACUUUGGAUGUUUGAUCUGGUGGCAUACGUUAGCAUGCGGCCACCUCUGGACGACCUUAGCUUCAGUCAGCAGCUCACUCGGUUAACGUUACUGUUUGAUAACGUUACAUGUGUUACAUACAGACUUUUGAACUCGUCGCUUUCCUCUAAGGUAGCUGAGAGAAAGAGAAACCUCUUCUGACCACUACUUGGACACCAUGGCCCCACACCCUGUGGUCCAGGCCAUCAUUGACCUCUCUGCAGGCGCCAUAGGGGGAGCUGCAUGUGUCUUUAGCGGGCAGCCUCUAGACACAGCAAAGGUCAAGAUGCAGACCUUUCCUACGAUGUACCGGGGUUUCAUCCACUGCGUCUCGUCCACCUAUAAACAAGUGGGUUUGCGUGGUCUCUACCAGGGCACCACGCCGGCACUGAUGGCCAACAUCGCCGAGAACUCUGUGCUCUUCAUGAGCUACGGCUUCUGCCAGCAGGUCAUCCGUUUCACAGCUGGACUGCCCAGUGAAGCUGUCCUGAGUGACACGCAGAAAGCCUGUGCUGGCUCAGUAGCAUCCAUUUUCUCCUCGCUAGUACUCUGCCCCACUGAGCUCGUCAAGUGUCGGCUGCAAGCCAUGUAUGAAAUGGAGGCAUCAGGCAAGAUUGCUAAGAGCGACAAUACAAUGUGGUCAGUGGUGAAAUCCAUCAUGAGGAAUGAGGGGCCGCAGGGCUUCUUCCAGGGCCUGACCACCACCAUAGCAAGAGAAGUCCCCGGUUACUUCUGCUUCUUCGGUGCCUAUGAGCUCUGCCGCUCCACCUUUGCCGACUACAUGAAAUGUGACCGAGACGACAUAGGUGUGGCCCCAAUCGUGUUCAGCGGUGGUUUCGGGGGCGCGUGCCUUUGGCUGGUGGUGUAUCCCUUCGACUGCGUCAAGUCUCGGAUCCAGGUCAUGUCUAUGACGGGAAAACAAGCAGGGUUUUUCAAAACCUUUAUGACCAUCGCUCGUACUGAAGGUACGAGGGCACUCUACUCUGGUCUUACCCCCACCAUGGUCCGCACCUUCCCUGCUAACGGAGCGCUGUUCCUGGGUUAUGAGGCCAGCCGGAAGCUCAUGAUGAAGCAGUAUGACAACUGAAAUAUGCACAGCACAAGUAACGGAGCGGUGAAGUAUUGUAGCCAUAUAACCUCAUCAAAACUCCAAUUGAAGCAUUGAAGCUUCUUAUGUAUGGGACUGGGUUUUGGCCCUUUCUUGCUUUUGUUUAACUUAAAAACCUAUAAGCUGCCACACUCCAUCUCUUUUUAACCUACACCUCUGACAGGGUGUUAACAUACUGUAUUUCCUUAUAUUAAUUUAUUUUUUAGAUUCAGAUUGUUUUUAACUCACCUAAAGUAGUAUUGCAUACUAUAUGAGAAAAAUAUAUGUGCUGCAGUGAGCACACUCUUUAUGAGGAAUUUUUAACACUCCGGUUGAUUAUUUGAUGUCUACCUCAACAAAGUCGUAGCCGCACAUAAACAUCUUUCUCUGCCAGUCAUUUCAAAUCAUUCUUUACUUGCUCUGUAUGCAAUUACAUGGGUAAGAAAAACACUCCGUUGUGAGGUUAUCUUUAAUGCAAACAAUCUUAAAACCUUGCUCGUUGCAUGACGAUUUUAUUUAGAAAUGCCAAGUGGCCUAUACUCAUUCAUAUUAGUUGCUUAUAAUGUGUUGUCAUGGCUUGUGUUCUCAACUAUGGAAUCAUUAUCAGCUAAGCAAGUGUCUCGGUUUUGGAUCAUAUCUCAGUUUGUUUUGAUAAAGUGACAAAAAAAUGCAAUUCUGGUUUAAAAAAAAAAAAAAAAAAAGUUGAAAAAUGUCCUUGACUGAAGUGUUACAAGUUUCAUGAGCCUCAAUAGAAGCAAAUGCAGCCAGCAGGGGUUUCGUCAUACUGAUAUUUCUGUUUUAUUCCACUCCUGUUGUGAUUAAGUUUCCACUCUUUUGGGACCCACUGUUUGCCUUUUGAAUCACUACACUUUGCCUUUUUUUGUUGUGUAACCUUUAUUGUUCUGUACAAGUUGAUGAGGAAAAUAUCAACUGCCUUGUCAAAUGUGCCAUUUGCACACUGCAUUCCACAUGCAGGGUUUUCCAGUGCUUAGUAGUUGGAAAUUCAGAAAUCUUAAUCAUAUUCCUUGUAAUGUUAAUUAAGAAAUGUAGGUAUUUUGAAAUGCUAAAAAUUUGAGAUAACACUGGUUGUGAUAUUCAUUGCAGUAAAACAACUUACAUUAUAAAGGUGUCAUUGAAGAAUAA